CUCGUCCUCCAGAGGUGCAGCAGCAGCCUCGCGCACCACAUUGUUUCUAUGUACGUGCCGUCACAGUGCAGACAGAGGUUGUAAAUAUGGCGGCGGACGGAAUGGUGCUCACCAACCACGACCAUCAGACCCGAGUGGGCAUUCUGACGGUCAGUGACAGCUGUUACAAGAACUUGGCUGAGGACAGGAGCGGAGUCAACCUGAAAGACCUGGUCCAUGACCCCUCACUGUUGGGAGGAGUCAUAGCAGCCUACAAAGUAGUUCCAGAUGAAAUCGAUGAAAUCAAGGACACUCUCUUGGAGUGGUGCGAUGAACAGGAGCUGAACCUCAUUCUGACUACUGGAGGAACUGGCUUUGCACCAAGGGAUGUAACACCUGAGGCAACCAGAGAGGUGAUAGAGCGAGAGGCCCCAGGUAUGGCUCUGGCCAUGCUUAUGGGAUCCCUCAACGUUACACCACUCGGCAUGCUGUCCAGGCCGGUGUGUGGUAUCCGUGGUAAGACUUUGAUCAUCAACCUGCCAGGAAGCAAGAAGGGCUCUCAGGAGUGUUUUCAGUUCAUCUUGCCCGCUCUGCCCCAUGCCAUUGACCUGCUGCGGGAGGCAACGGUCAGAAUUAAAUACACACAUGCCGCUUUGGAGCAGCUGCCGUCCCCUUCGUCUUUGCUGGCCAACACGCACAUCAACACUCACAACAACAUGCACACCAUGGAGCGCGGCACCCAGUGUGAGGAAGAGGACGAUGAGGAGGAGGACAUUAGGAGAGGUCACCAUGUGCACAACCACCACCAUCCGCAGCACGGCUCCUCCCACAUCACCGCAGCUGCUAUUGCUGCCAAGACAAGCCAUGCUGUGGUCAUGGCUAAGGGGGGUCCCUAUCUGCCUGGCACCACACCCGCCCCACCCACUCAUUACACCUGCUCCUGUACUCAUGACCAGCAGAUCCCGGACUCGAUCAUUUCUCGAGGCGUUCAGGUGCUUCCUCGAGAUUCAGCCUCUUUAAGCUCCACCCCUUCCGAGUCACCAAGGGCGACCCAGGCAACCUCCCGCCUUUCAACUGCCUCCUGCCCGACACCCAAGGUUCAGUCACGAUGUGGCAGUAAUGAGAACAUUCUGAGAGCAAGUCACAGUGCAGUGGACAUCAGUAAAGUGGCACGUCGUCAUCGCAUGUCCCCGUUCCCAUUGACGUCAAUGGACAAAGCCUUCAUCACUGUUCUAGAGAUGACACCUAUUCUGGGAGUUGAAGUCAUUAACUACAGAGACGGUUUGGGUCGAGUGCUUGCUCAGGACAUCUACGCCAAAGACAACCUUCCUCCGUUCCCUGCCUCUGUUAAAGAUGGCUAUGCAGUGCGAGCUGCUGAUGGCCCCGGAGAUCGCUUCAUCAUGGGAGAAUCACAGGCUGGACAACAGCCCACCCAUACAGUGAUGCCAGGUCAGGUGAUGAGGGUGACGACCGGUGCUCCCAUUCCAUGUGGAGCUGAUGCUGUGGUCCAAGUAGAAGAUACCGAGCUGCUGAGGGAGUCUGAGGAUGGCACAGAGGAGUUGGAGGUGAGGAUUAUGGUUCAGGCCCGGCCAGGACAGGACAUCAGGCCAAUAGGUCAUGACAUCAGGCGAGGCGAGUGUGUGCUGUCUAAAGGAACACACAUGGGUCCGUCAGAGAUUGGUUUGCUGGCUACAGUUGGAGUGACUGAGGUCAGCGUGCACAAGUUUCCUGUGGUGGCUGUGAUGUCCACUGGAAAUGAGCUGUUGAAUCCAGAGGAUGACCUCCACCCAGGGAAGAUCAGAGACUCUAACCGCUCCACUCUUCUGGCCACCAUUCAGGAGCAUGGCUACCCCACCAUCAACCUGGGCAUCGUUGGAGACAACCCUGAUGAUCUGCUGUCAGCUCUCCACGAGGGAAUCAGUCGUGCCGACGUCAUCAUCACCUCAGGAGGCGUGUCCAUGGGAGAGAAGGACUACCUAAAGCAGGUGCUGGAUAUUGAUCUACAUGCUCAGAUCCACUUUGGUCGAGUCUUUAUGAAGCCAGGUCUUCCUACUACCUUUGCAACAGCUGACAUUGAUGGAGCUCGGAAACUCAUCUUUGCUCUGCCAGGUAACCCAGUGUCUGCAGUGGUGACUUGUAACCUGUUUGUGAUUCCUGCUCUGAGGAAGAUGCAAGGCAUUCUGGAUCCUAGACCUACUAUCAUUAAAGCUAGGCUUUCCUGUGAUGUUAAGCUGGAUCCAAGACCAGAGUAUCACCGCUGUAUUCUCACCUGGCAUCAUCAGGAGCCACUGCCCUGGGCACAGAGCACAGGUAACCAGGUAUCCAGUAGGCUCAUGUCAAUGCGUAGCGCCAACGGCCUGCUGAUGUUGCCUCCUAAAACAGAGCAGUAUGUGGAGCUACAUAAGGGAGAGGUCGUUGACGUCAUGGUGAUCGGACGAUUAUGAUGCAGACUUCAAUGUCACUCGCUACCGAUAACCAUGUCAGUGCCAGGACUUCCUGUCUGGACAGGAUAUUGGCGGGGGCAGGAAGUGAUGCAUGUCUACCUGGUCGCCAUUAGCUGUGAUGUCAUAUGCAACAGCCAAUUGGAGCCAGCGUGGGCUGAAUCCUCAUUGGUCUGCUCUGAGGAGAUCACUGUAUUUCAAUGAAGAAAAAAAAAGAUUGAUUCCAGGACUGAGACCAGGGUGCAGCGUCUGGACGUCUUCUGAUCUGACUAAAAACUACAUUUAUGAAAGAUCUUGAUGUGACCACUGGUGCGUAAGAUGAGUUUUCAGAGCCCAUGCUCGGGGUACCAACACAGUCUUCUCAUUCACUCCUCUGGCUCAGAUGUCAGAAACUUUCCUGUUACCUCAAAUGCACACCGUACAUCUGCCAAUGGCUCAUGCUGGGUUCAUGUCAUGUAAUACAAAUUGAAAAAACAGGGUGAAAGGCAGACAUAAAUUCACUGAAAAGUCCACAUCCACAUGUUUUUUUUUAAAUAAACUGAAUUAAAACACAUUUAUUAUAUUGCACAUCCAGAAGUUCAUAUUUACGAGAAACCCAUAUUGACAUGAGCGCAGCAUCAGAGCUUGUUUUGGCACCUGCCCAUUGAGGACCAAUCAAUCCCAGAUAGAUUAAUUUGAGUAAGAAGAAGCAGGUUCUUGUUAAACUGCCUUUGUACUGAGUGAUCGUAACACUGGACUGAACUCUGUGUCACACUGCACAUACUAUAAACUAUGACCAGCACUUGUAAUGAAGCAAUGACACAGCAUUCUACUACUACUGUAUAGAUAUGAUAAAGAGGAUGUUUUUUUCUGUAAUAUUAUUGAAACUGAAGAUGAAUUAAUAAAAAUAAUCCUGAUUAUUCUGUACUA